AAAUAAAAUGAGAGGACCACAAUACCUCUUACCUUUAAUACUUUCUUUUAAUUAAUCAUAAUAUAAUAACAUCACCGUUCACAAACAAAGUCAAAAACAUUAAUUAAUUUACCAUAAAAUUCAAUUAAGUAGUUUCAUUUUUUCUUUUCCUUGAUUAAUGUUAUGUUAUGUAUAAAGAUGAGUUUGUUUGAGAUUGAAUUAUGAUGAGAAGAAUUCACAUGGUGGAAUGGAGGAAUUGCCAGGGGUGUUAGGAACAAGCUCCAGCUUUGCUCUUAGAUUGGGCCAAACCGUUUUUUCCUCUGCUUCUCUUUUCUUCAUGUGUUUGGAUGUUGAUUUCUAUGGUUACUCUGCUUUCUGCUUUUUGGUAAUGGUGAUGGGUUUGGUAAUUUCCUGGAGCACAACACUAUUGGUGGUAGAUGCAUAUUCUAUCUUUAUCAAAAGUGUACCGAAGCAGCGGAGAUUCAUUUUUACGAUUACUUUCGGAGAUAUGGUUUUGUCAUAUCUCUUAUUAGCUGCAGCAUGUUCAACUGCCAGUGUCACAGAUCUGUUGCGUAGUGCCGAUAAAUCCUAUUGCCCAGAAAAUUUAUGUAGUAGAUACCAAAUAUCUGCUGCUAUGGCCAUCUUGGCUUGGUUUCUUUCAUCAGCUUCUUGUCUAAUUAACUUUUGGCUAUUUCCUUCUCUGUGAAAUAUCUUGCUCACCAUUGAUAUGUAUAGGAAUUAUAUGAUAUAAGAGUGCAAAUGACAAAGUCAUUUGUUCCUGUGCUGAUAUUUUUUGUUUUUCAUUAGAAUAAGAUUGUAAGUAACAUGUAAUAAUUACUUUUCUAAUUCAAAAGAAAUAUGAAAAUUCCAUUUAUUGGUUCUCAA